AUGAAACUGGCCCUGCCAUUUGGCGCUCUCCUCUUCGAUACAAUCAUUUCGUCCUAUAACAUUCAACUGCCCUAUACUCCAAAGCAAGAACACGACACCCUGCGCACCCAGAAGACGCUCGCUGGUGUAGUCGCGAUAGUACUGCUUGUUGGCUGUGUUCUUUACGAGCAGAUACAGGCUGGCUCUAACUACCGUCCUCUGGGGUUCAACGAGUUUUGCGGUCUGGCGGCCAAGGGCUGUGUUGAAGGUGUGGUUGUACUGGCCAUGUUGAGGUCAGUGCUAGAAGGGUAUAGGCGACUCACCUCGAGCAAGUGA